CUUCAAUCUAUUUGAUAUUUUUCUAAUGUAUUAUUUACUUUUAUUUCUAUAUUAUCGUGUAAUAUGACUCUUAUCGGUGCUAUUUUAAAUAAAGCGAAAUCCGUUGAAUCUGUGACGAAAAAGUACGCGUCACCUCCACCGGAAAUUGACAAGAUUCCAAAACGAAAGAAAAAGAAGGUUAUUGACAAGUACAAACAUGUCAAAGCAGUUGUGGACAGUUCACCGCCGCUCUAUGAUGCUCGGAUUUUGGCGCGAAAUCUGCCAAAAUGGCGGCGGAAUGUCCUCGAUGUGGCGCUUGAAAACACGCGGCUAGUGAUGGCUAUUAAAAGGACGCAUUUUAAUCGAUACAAACAUGUCAAAGCAGUUGUGGACAGUUCACCGCCGCUCUAUGAUUCUCGGAUUUUGGCGCGAAAUCUGCCAAAAUGGUGGCGGAACGUCCUCGAUGUGGCGCUCGAAAACACGCGGCUAGUGAUGGCUAUUAAAAGGACGCAUUUUAAUCGAGGUAAAGUGGACAGUUAUUGGACAAAACGCCUUCAUCACACCAACAUUUACUACGACAACCGGGUGAACUUCUUCAAGAGAGUACAAAGGGACAAUAAGGCUUUGUACACGCGCUUACUUAACGCUAUUCCCCGGAUAGCAACAACAGCGGAAUUAGAACGCGACUGGCAACGCAACCGACAAGAAAUACUUUACAAGGCCGUCAACAAGUUUGUUCUCUUCCCUCCAGUGCCGCAAGAGACAAUCGAAGACGCCAUCUUUUUAAAACCAUCAGGUGUAAAACGACAAAGGGUAUAUUUGAGUUUACGGUUUCGUGGCGGUGCUGUAAUCGGCGUAUUAAAAGUGGAACUGUUUGAGGAGGUGUGCCCCGAAACAUGCAGAUUAUUCCUCGAAUUAUUGGACGGUGACACUGGCUACGGAUACAUUGGGACCUGCUUUUUCAGGAAGGUGCCAGGCCUGUUCUGGCGGGGCGGAGACGUGGCGCGUGACUGUGGCGGCGGUUGCUACUUGCAGCGCGGCCGGUACGUCCCUCUGCCCGCAGAGAACUAUCACUUCCCGCACUCCAUGCCAGGUCUGCUGUCGAUGUGCGUGACGCGCAACAAUGAGGUUUGCGGGAUAUUUAACAUCACUUUCAAACCUUUGCCACAGUUUGACCUCAAUAACGUCGUUUUUGGCAGAAUUAUUCGCCCGUGCAAUGUGUACGAAGCAAUUCGCGGUUUGGGCGACGCACUGAGCACUCAGCCCGUCGUGGAGAUAGCGUCCUCAAGGCGCUUCGUCAAUAAAAAAUGGAAGAGCGGCGUAAAGAAUACAAAAUUAGUUGCUUUAAAUACAAACAAACGAAUUUAAAAUGAACUUUUAUUAAUUAAAGCGAUUUAACACUAUGGACU